UCUCUGUUCUCGCGUCUAUACGCCGCUAAAGCCAUUUCCGGCGGGACUUGCGGAAGCUCUCUCGCGAGAGCCGGAGAGUCUUAAUAUUACCCGGCAUGCCUCACUCUUUCUUUUUAUUUUACAAGCCAAGAUGCCGAAGGGGAAGAAGGCGAAGGGGAAGAAGGUGGCCCCGGCCCCUGCUGUAGUCAAGAAGCAAGAGGCCAAGAAGGUUGUCAACCCUCUCUUUGAGAAAAGGCCCAAGAACUUUGGCAUUGGCCAGGAUAUCCAACCCAAACGGGACUUGACUCGCUUUGUGAAAUGGCCCCGUUACAUCCGCCUCCAGCGCCAGAGAGCAAUCCUCUACAAAAGGCUGAAGGUACCCCCAGCAGUUAACCAGUUCACACAAGCUUUGGACCGCCAGACAGCUACUCAGCUCCUGAAACUGGCCCACAAAUACAGACCGGAGACAAAGCAAGAGAAGAAGCAGAGGCUGCUGGCUCGAGCAGAGCAGAAAGCUGCUGGGAAAGGCGAUGUUCCAACCAAGCGGCCUCCUGUGCUGAGAGCAGGUGUCAAUACAGUUACAACCCUGGUGGAGAACAAGAAGGCCCAGCUGGUGGUGAUUGCACACGAUGUCGACCCUGUUGAGCUGGUUGUGUUCCUGCCUGCUUUGUGCAGAAAAAUGGGAGUCCCCUAUUGCAUCAUCAAAGGCAAGGCCAGGCUAGGCCGCCUUGUCCAUCGAAAGACCUGCACCUGUGUUGCCUUCACUCAGGUUAAUCCGGAAGACAAGGGAGCCCUGGCUAAACUGGUGGAAGCUGUCAAGACCAACUAUAAUGAGAGAUACGAUGAGAUCCGUCGCCACUGGGGUGGUAAUGUUCUGGGCCCGAAGUCAGUGGCUCGCAUUGCCAAGCUUGAAAAAGCAAAGGCUAAAGAACUGGCCACUAAACUCGGGUAGAUGGAUCAGACGUGCCUCCAGUUUUUCUGUACAUAAAAAAAAUCAAACUGA